AUGAUAAGCAGCAAUCAAUCAACUUUUCAAGAGUCUACGGCAGCUCCUUUGUUUCCUGAUAGUUCGUCUUAUUCUAUCCAAGAAAACCCUCAUCAAUUGUAUCAUCAUCAUCACCAUCAACGCUAUCACCGCCAGAGCUAUUACCACUCACCGUCUUCAACAACAACAACGAUCAAUAGUCCACUUUCAAGUCCUCAGAUCCUGAAUCACUACUCCACCACAUCAUCUCCUUACUGCUCUUUAACAGAGCUCUAUCCAACAAAUCAAUCCAUCUCAUCCAUGCUUUCAUUAUCGUCACCUUCGCCACCUUCAAAUUCCUUGCCUGCGAAUAGCUUCAAUCAGAGCAAUCAUAAUAAUGCUAGUGUAAUUCGUUAUGAUGUAGCCUUAGAAGCUCCAACGGCAGCAUCUCAGAAAUUAGAAGAGCCACCUCUAACUUACCUCAAUAAAGGCCAAUACUACAACAUCACCCUUAAAGACAAGGACCGUUAUGACGGUGAUAUCAUCAGCACAGUAGUCAUCACAUUUCAUGAUGAGAGCCAUCGAGUAAGUGCAACAGAUUACUGGAAAUUCUGGUUGACUCAGCAGAAAGACGGAGAGGAUGCAAGAGCAGUUGAAUUAGAUUUGUCAAGAUCGAGUGGAGCACAAGCCAUAGAGGGCAGACAUUUCGACCGUGUUUCAUUUCGAUGGAAUGGCAAAUUAGGUGCUUCCGUGCAUAUUCGCUUCAAUUGCUUGUCUACAGAUUUCUCAAGAAUCAAAGGUGUCAAGGGCAUUCCUUUGCGUCUACAAAUAGAAAGUGAACAGGCACAUCCAUUCGUCACAGCAACUGCUACUACUUCGCAUCAUCUACGUCAACAUCUCCAUCAACAUCCUUACAUCGAAAAGACAUAUUGCCGUAUCAAGCUGUUCCGUGAUAAGGGUGCUGAAAGAAAAAACAAGGACGAUGCAAAGCACAUUGAGCGUCAACUGGAAAAACUACGGGGCAAAAGUGGUGAGCCACAUCCUCUAUGGCUAGCUUUCUCUCCAACAUCUCCUAUCACUCUUUUCGGCGAACUUGUCCCACCUGAAGACGAUGAAACUCAUCACCAACAACUGCAAUCAUUGUUUGACGAACGAAACACGCUCCCAUCUGCUUCACCGGUCGGUGGUCAUCUUCCCCAUCAUGCACCUGGCAAUAGCAGUGCUAGUAACAAUAUCCAUUUGCCACCUCCUGUUCCUACAAAGCGCAGCUUCAGUAAUUUAAGUAGUAGUUCAAGCGACAUGAACACAUUUGCUGCUAAUCUUCCAGGCGGACCGCCUAUUGGACUUGAUCCCACAUACAUACCGCAACGAAGACGCCGUGUAGCCAAACUCAGUGUGUUGGUCAAAUUCCAUUCUUGUGAGGUUUAUAGAGCAAUCUAUCUGGAACAUCUGACAGUCAAAGAGCUCAUUGAAAAGAUUAUCCAACGCAUGAAUAUCAGCAUGUCUGUAUCAAAUGUUCUUCGCAAGACCACGGGAAAAAACAAUAAGUCAAUGCUCGUCAAGGUAGAAGAUGAUGUUAUACAAGACAUGUCCGAACAGCAAGAUAUAUUGCUCGAAACGGAAGCUGAUCCUGAUAAUGAAAAUGCAAUCAAUCUCAUUCUAAACUUUUAG